AAAAAAAAACCAUACGAUUCCAGGAUCUUCUGCUGUAGAUUUGACUUCGGUACAGAGAAGUGUUUCGGAUUCCGCGUUUCGAAUUUCAGAUUUCUGUUUCCUUGCUUGUGCUGCAGAAAAUACAACUUUAUCGUCUUGGAAAAAAGUAUGUCGGACUUGCACGAUUUAUGCCGAUUCGCUGAAAGACCCAUUACCAGCAAGUAUGUGGACCAAUUAAACUUCUAUCUUAGACUGGGAAUUCCAGCUACUUAUACCAUUGAAGAGGCUUACAACUAUACAAAUGACAUAGCAGCCGAACCAACCACCACUACAACUCCUUUGCAUCUCAUUUGCACCCAUGUUCCAGAGAACGCAACUGCUGAAGAAUUAAAAGUAGUUGACACUAUGGUGCAAACUUUGUUUGAGUACGGGGCUGGGUGGUGUUUGAGCGAUGUCAACAAUGAUACUCCAGGAUGUAUACUUAUUAAGAGGAAGUUGAAUCAUUUGAAUAUCUACACGCAAAUAGUGGAUUCUGGUGUUAGAGCAGAGCUCUUGUUACGAAAAGUGGGAGAGUUCGAUAUGGAAAUAAUAGAAGAUACGGACGACUUGGACCACGAUCGUUUUGGAGAAGUUCCUGAAUUGGUAGAGGAAAAAGCAGAACAAAUCGAACAACCAAAGAGCGACGAAAAACCGGAUCCUGAAGAGUCCAACAAAUCUAAUCAACAGUCGUACCUUAACACCAAAUUGGAAUAUGUCGACAAUGCCUUGAUCACAAAAGAUAGAAAAGAUGGUGUCAUGAUGGCAUGGGAAACUGAUCUCAUGAGAUUGGGCUGUGAAUCUCUUUUCAAAGGUUCAAUAAUAGAAGACAACGAAGAAGAUUCAGAGAUCAACAUCCUCAACAUUGGUUUUGGAAUGGGGAUAAUCGAUACUAUGAUCAACGAAAAGAAUCCUACCAAGCACUACAUCUGUGAAGCUCAUCCUGAUGUUCUUGCCAAGUUGAAGGCGGACGGCUGGUACGACAAGAAAAAUGUAGUUAUCUUGGAAGGUAGAUGGCAAGAACAAUUGGACAAGUUGUUGUCUUCUGGUGAGGUUUACUUCAAUGGUAUUUACUACGAUACAUUUUCAGAACAUUACCUGGACAUGUUGGAGUUGUUUGAUUACGUUGUUGGAUUAUUGAAGCCCUAUGGUGUAUUUUCGUUCUUCAACGGUUUGGGUGCCGAUAGACAAGUAGUAUACGAAGUCUACAAGAAAUUGCUGGAACUUGAUUUAGCAAACUAUGGCUUACAAUGUACAUUCACCUCAGUUGAAGUUCCCAAAGAAACAUUGCAAGAAAACGACAAGAGUGUUUGGGAUGACGUCAAAAGAUCUUACUGGUCCUGUCCCGUAUACUACCAUCCCGAGGCUCGCUUCAUAGACUUAUAGAUAUAGUUUCGAAUAGUUAAACAAUAAUAGAUAGGAGAGGUUU